CCCUGUGACGAAUAAAGUUAAGCAGGUCGCGUCUUGCGCAAGCUAGAUUGCUGGAAGUACAAAUGGUAGGCGAGUAACAGAGAAAACAGUAAACAAGUCGUAUAGCAGUCGUCGUAAAGUCGUCUAAACGAAGAGAAAUACGAAGUGAUUCUCCGUUAUUAAUUAACACCUUGUACGGAUUACUGUGUAUUUUUCCGUGAUUUUGAAAAAUGCUUCCCAGGAGACGAGUCCUCGAGCUGCUCCAAGUUAUUUCGUCUCAAUCAUGCAGAUGUCCAGCCCACGGAAAUCCAGGAGGUAUCACGUCAACAAUCGAACAAGGAAAAGCCCGUAGCACCACAGCCAAUUCGGUUCCGUCAAAAGAAUAUGCGUUCGAGAUGGCCUGCUCGACUAUUCGUUACGGCAUCGGAGUUACGAGAGAAUUGGGACACGACAUUCAGAAUUUAAAUGCGAAAAAAGUUUGCUUAAUGACCGAUCCAAACUUAGUCAAUCUUCAACCAGUGAAAUCUGCGAUCGAUAGCUUAACUAAGCAAGGAAUUGACUUUGAAGUUUACGAUAAGGUACGAGUGGAACCCACGGAAGAGACUCUUCUGGAUUCGGCAGAAUUUGCAAAACGUGGGAAGUUCGACGCCUUUGUUGCGGUGGGAGGUGGGUCGGUAAUAGACACAUGCAAAGCUGCGAAUCUUUAUAGCAGUGAUCCCAACGCUGAUUUCUUGGAUUACGUUAAUGCACCAAUAGGAAAAGGAAAACCAGUUUUGGUCAAUUUGAAAACGCUCAUUGCGAUACCAACGACUGCGGGUACAGGUUCAGAAACAACCGGUGUAUCUAUCUUCGAUUAUCGGCCUCUUAAGGCCAAAACUGGAAUUGCAAACAGAGCUCUGAAACCUACCUUGGCCCUUAUCGAUCCGAAGCAUGUAUUGACUUUACCAGAAAGAGUUAGUGCUUAUUCUGGCUUCGAUGUACUUUGUCACGCUUUGGAAUCGUUCACGGCGAUACCAUACACGGAAAGAACACCGUGUCCUACCAAUCCGAUCCUGCGACCAACUUAUCAAGGUAGCAAUCCUAUUAGCGACGUAUGGGCAAGAUAUGUACUACAAGUAAUGCGCAAGUACUUUGAGAGAGCGGUAUAUAGACAAGACGACAUCGAAGCUAAAAGCCAUAUACAUCUAGCUAGUACCAUGGCUGGUGUCGGUUUUGGAAACGCUGGUGUCCACCUUUGUCAUGGUCUUUCUUAUCCCAUAAGCGGUAACGUUCGUAAAUUUCAACCCGAGGGAUAUAGCAAAACUCAUCCUCUCGUACCUCACGGUCUUUCCGUUGUUAUCUCGGCACCAGCUGUUUUCUCCUUCACCGGAAGUGCCUGCCCAGAAAAACACCUAGAGGCCGCAGAAUUAUUAGGAACGGACAUUAAGGGAGCGAAACGAGAGGACGCUGGAAAGAUUUUAGCAGAUACCGUACGAAAAUACAUGUGUAUAAUGAAAAUAGAAAAUGGUUUGAAAGAACUUGGCUUCCAAAAAGAAGAUAUUCCCGCUCUGGUGCAAGGAACUUUACCUCAGCAUCGGAUUACGAAAUUGGCGCCACGUGAACAAUCGGAAGAAGAUCUAGCGAAAUUGUUCGAAAAUUCAUUCACAAUUUAUUAAACGCGGAUGCCUUCUCAAUAUCGUGCAUCAUAUUUACAUAAUUUUAUACUUUGUUAAUAAAUUGUCACGAAUAAAAAAGAAACCAUUUUUGCA